CGACGACUCUCGGUCUCAACAAUGCGACCACGACGAUCUUUAACUCUAGCAGUCCUUCCACAAUCACGAUUACCGCUACUGUGCCAGCUGGGAACAUGACUACGACUAGGUUCAACAACAGCGUUCCUACGGUGACUGUCACUGCGACACUUCCCGCCCGCAAUAUGACUAUGACCAUGCUCAAUACUACCCUGCCUACGGUAACCGUCAGCGCUUGUCCAGCUGCCAGCAAUUGAACUACCUCAAUGUCCAACAGCACUGCGGUUCUUACGACGGUUACAAUGAUUGGAAACAUGACCACGACAGUCACGGAGAUGUCAACUAUCACUGGCACCCCAUCCACGGUCACCACCACUGCCACCACUGCUGCUGAAAACGGUACUAUAUCGGUCUUCGGGACUAAAACCGUCACGUACACAGUCAUUGGAAACUCGACCACGACUGUCAUCGGCAUGUCGACCAUUACUGACGUCGCUACGGUCACCAAAACCAGCACCAUGGUCUCUGAUGAGACUAUCUGGGCUACUACUACUGUGAUCGAAUCUUCGCCAGAGACUAAGAAUGCAACGACGUUUUCAACCUCCACUUCUAGAGCCCUUCGCGGGAAAUGGUGAGGAGUCUCGUGGUUUUUGAAGGUGCAUCAUCAUAAUUGUCAUUUACGGGAUUGAGAUUUUAUCAGGAAAGAAGAUCAAGGACAAUUUAGGGAAGUCGUAUAGCUAUACUCAUUGACCAGA